AUGAAGUGGAGUUCGCAUAAAAGGUGCGUUCCAUAUGGAUGCGCCGCCAUGCGCUGCAACGACACUUGAGGUUCUAUGCAGCCCCGACGCUAUGAGAUUAGCCAUGUGGGCGGAGAGGUCUUCACAGCGAUGGAUGAGCCAUCAGACAGGUGUGCCUUGUGGGGCGAGCUCUUCAAAGAGAAGGAGCGGCACUUCUACCGGAAGGAGCUCACCUGUGAAACGGUUUGCUUCAGCAUCAAGGACACUUUCCAGAUCAAUGUGCGCUGCUUGUGGCAGCCGCAGGCCAAGCAACUGAAGCACAGGCAAGGUCCUUUUGCGAUGCUUCUACAUAGUCUGGAGCCACCCUUGACCAGUUCCUGGACGUGGGUGAAGCUAGGGCGUCCUCUCUACAUGAAAGGCUUUUCGGUGGUGAUGAUCGAUUUCCCUGGGUUUGGCAGGAGCAAGAUGAACAUGGACUCCUCUGUGGCUCUGGAUGUAUGGGCUUUCCAAGAUUGGCAUCUAAUCUGCCAAACUUUGGAUGAGCUCAAGGUUCAUUCAGCCCAUAUGAUCGCCUGUGGCCAUGCUUGUGGCGCUGUGUUGCGUAUUUUGCUCCGGAGUCCUCAUUCGGUGGAGAAGGAGAUGAUUUGGUACAACCCCAAGUUCAACAUUGAUGAACUUUUGAUAGACAUGGUGGGCCCACCACCACCUGGCGGAGGAAAAGGAUGGCGUGAAGUCUACCGCCAAAAGCAGGUUGAUGCCAUGGAGAGGAUUCUGAAGAACACCAAUGCUCGCAUUUGGUCAAUGCACGACAAGGAUCAUCUCACUGCCGAAACCAUUGACGUCCAAAGUCUUUUGGCCUCUGUUUGCCGGCAUGCAGUUCUGAGGCAUCGGAUCCUCAUCCAGGACGUUUCCCCCUGCGAUUUGUGCCCAGUGCACAUGGGAGCGCAGUUGCCAUUCUUUUUCCUUUUCAUUAGCAAGCAACUCACCCAGGCCAUCAUGGAGUUCUUUCAGAAGCGCGAGCGCAAUGGACAGAUGCUCCUGGCCAUGCCUCGCUUCGUUUCGAACGAUCCUUUGAUUGUGCCAUUGGGGCCAGGUGAGACCUGGUCAGCUGCUCACGUGUCUGAACGUAACCCAGCCGCCAAGGGCGGCUUUGCCACUGCCGACCCGUUGAAGUGGGGCUUCUCGCUCGGCCCAAAGGGCGAAUCCUUAAUGGAGCAGAGGCGCUUGUCCAGAAGUUCUAGAAGUGGCACCAAGCUAGCACCACUGGUCCCGAAGGAAGAAGAGGAGGUCACGCCAGAAGAGCAAGACAACCCUCUGAUCAAGAUCAUGCGGAAGGCACGACCACAGACCACAGCCGCGUCGUUGGAUGAAAGGGGGCUAGCGGCACCUGUGGAUGUGUAUGGCUGCCGAGCCGCCACCGCUGGGGCCAUGGGCGUUGCAAUGGCAAGAUGGCGCAAGGGGCAAGACGCCUACGAGCAGGUGAGGUAUACGAGCUGCACGCAGACCAAGCAUCCCGUGCGUGAGAUCCAAGAUCGGGAUGAAGUCUCCAUGCUGUCGGCCUCGCAGGAGGCGUUCAACCUCAACGGCGGGAAACAGCAAGCUGGGCAUUUUAGGCUGGCUUUGCUCAGCAAAUUAAACACUCGUCAGCGUCGUUUCGUGAUGGCUCAUCAAACCCCAGAAGUGGAGUCCACAGCAGGCAGCGAGAUCUUUCGUCCCAGUGAUCAGGAUGAGCAAGGCUCUGAUGGGUCUCCAAGAACUCCAGGCUCGAAGCCAUCAAGGACCGUCUCCAGGCAGAAAAUGCAGCCGGCAUUGUCGCAGGGCAGUGGUGAUGGCACACCUCAAGAGACCAUGAAGCGCAGCAUCAGUGCAACCGCCUUGAAGGAUGCAGUGCGCAGUGCCUCUCGGCAAAAUGCCAUCGAAAACAAAGAGUCCAUGAAAAGUCUUCCGGGCCCAUCGAGCCUACGGUCCAAAAGCAAUUUAUCGGCUUCGAGCGGAGGACGCAAGGGCCCGCAGUCUGGAGCCAUUGGGGACCUCCGAUCCGAGAAAGUCGAGCCUCUGGCCCUCACGGAAUAGCCAGCCAGUCGAACACAGCUCCCGGCUAUCUUCCACCCAGCCAACCAGCCCGAGGGCGGAGCUGCUGUCAGGGGUGGUGGUUCUGUUGGCUCAGCAAAUCAUGACAACUCCAAAUCUUUCGUCCAGUGGGAGUCCGGGAGACAAAACCACG